AAGAGGAAAUGAAAGAUCCUUAACCGAGUCAUCAAUGUCAGGAUUUUGAGAAAUAAAUCACAAAAAUCAAUUAAUAGAAGCUAACAUCCAAGCUGCUCCCAUUUCCUCUUCUUCACUGACCCCAACCAAUCAAAGAAAGAUUACAAAUUCAACACCCAUAAGGCCUUCAUUCAAUAACAAAUAAAGAAGUUUGUCCUGUCCUCCAUACCCACCCAUGUCGAUAUUGAACACAAAAGAGAGUAUGGAGUUCAACAAGGCCGCCUCCUGAUCUCCUUGCAAUUUUUUUUGGUUAUUGGGUGCGUCAAUAGUGUGAUUGAAGAAAUGAAGAUCCAGUGCGACGUGUGCGGCAAGGGUGAGGCGUCUGUGUUUUGCGUCGCCGACGAGGCGGCUCUGUGUGACACUUGCGACCACCGUGUACACCAUGCGAACAAGUUGGCUUCUAAGCACCAGCGGUUCUCCCUCCUUCAUCCUUCGUCUAAGGAGUGCCCACUUUGCGAUAUCUGCCAAGAGAAACGAGCGUUCCUGUUCUGUCAGCAGGACAGGGCGAUUCUGUGCAGAGAUUGUGAUCGGCAUAUACACAAGGCCAACGAGCAUACCCAGAAGCAUAAUAGGUUUCUUCUCACUGGGAUCAAGCUUUCUGCUACUCCUGCUUUGUAUACUCCUGAGACAAAUGGUUUUGAUUAUGUUCCUGAUCCAAAGUCUCAACCUUCCUCUGUUUCAAAUCCACCAUCAAUGGCCAAGACUUCAAACUCAAUUACUUCAACAACAGCAGCAGCAACGACUAUAAACAAGGGUGGGGAUAGUCUGGUUGCGAGAGAAAACACUGGUUCAACAAGCAGCAUCUCAGAGUAUUUAGAGAUGCUGCCGGGUUGGCACGUUGAGGACUUUCUUGAUUCUUCAUACACUCCUUUUGGUUUCUGUAAGUAUGAUGAUGGGAGGUUGCCGUUCAUGGAUAGUGAUCUUGAAAGCAAUAUUGGGUCUUUCACAUCAGAAAAUUUGGGAAUCUGGGUGCCUCAAGCUUCUGCUCCUCUAUGUUCCUAUCCUUCACAAAUGGAAGGACAAAUAAUGUUCAAGGAGACAAAGGAGGCUACGACUGUGAAAGGUAACAGAAAAUGGACAGAUGAUGGUUUUACAGUUCCACAGAUUAGCCCUCCAUCCACUGGCUUCAAGAGGUCUAGGACUUUAUGGUAAGAUCAAAUCACCAACAUCUCGAUUUUCCAUGAAGAAAGUUCAUGCUCUUUGUUUUUCAUAGACCUUUUUUCCUUCUGGUUUCGUUUGGUACUCUUUUUCCAGUCCAAUGGGUUGUGUGGUUUUUGAUAUACUGGUUCUGUUAAUCUUUUCUGUAAACUUGCAUUUCGCAAGUUUCUUUUGUACAGAGGUAUGUAAUCCAACUAGAACUUUUUUUGGUAAUCUAUCUUUUUCCACUUCAUCA